AUGACAGACCUAAGUAGCAGAAGUGAAGGAUUUAAAAAAUGCAGAAGUGCUAUGUUCAGUAUUGAUGGCUAUAACUUUACGAUUGUUGCAAAUGAGACAGGUGACAAACAUCCACGACCACUUUCACAAUUUGCCCGGUCUAAAUCACAUAACUGCUUUUGGAGUACUGUUAUCAGUGCGCUGACCGGCAACCUCAAGGAAAGGCCAAAGCUGGCUAUUAUCAAUGACCCUAGACCUCCCGAGGAAAUCUUAGCAGAUGAACUACCACCAGUGGACAGUCCUGAGGCAUUGGUGAAAGCAUCUUUCAGGAGAAAAUAUAAGAAAACAUCACAAAGAUUGCGGUCUUUGGUAAAGCAGUUAGAGAGAGGGGAAGCUUCAGUCACAGAUCUAAAGAAGAAUUUGGAAUAUGCGGCAACUGUUCUUGAGUCAGUAUACAUUGAUGAAACUAGGCGUUUACUGGACACUGAAGAUGAACUCAGYGAUAUCCAGUCUGACUCUGUGCCCUCAGAGGUCCGUGAGUGGUUGGCUUCUACCUUCACACGGCAAAUGGGGAUGAUGCUCAAAAGGACAGAAGAAAAACCCCGGUUCAGGAGUAUCGUCCAUGCAGUGCAAGCUGGGAUGUUUGUGGAAAGAAUGUACAGGCGUACUUCAAACAUGGUCGGCUUGAGUUACCCUACAGCUGUAAUUGGAGUGCUAAAGAACAUAGACAAGUGGUCCUUUGAUGUAUUUGCACUAAAUGACGCCAGCGGGGAUCAUUCACUGAAAUUUAUUUUCUAUGAACUUCUCACACGCUAUGAUCUGAUCAACCGUUUCAAGAUUCCCAUUUCUGCCUUGGUGUCUUUUGUGGAAGCCCUGGAGGCUGGCUACAGUAAACACAAAAAUCCUUAUCACAACCUAAUGCAUGCUGCAGAUGUCACACAGACAGUCCAUUACCUCCUUUUCAAGACAGGCAUGGUGCACUGGCUGGCAGAGCUGGAGAUCUUCGCUAUGAUUUUUGCAGCUGCCAUACAUGACUAUGAACACACUGGAACCACCAACAAUUUUCACAUCCAGACACGGUCUGAAUCAGCCAUUCUAUAUAAUGACCGGUCUGUGCUUGAAAAUCAUCAUGUUAGUGCAACGUAUCGUCUUUUACAAGAUGAUGAAGAGAUGAAUAUUUUAUCUAAUCUCUCAAAGGAUGAUUGGAGAGAAUUCAGAGCUCUAGUAAUUGAGAUGGUGUUGGCCACCGAUAUGUCCUGUCACUUCCAGCAAAUCAAAGCUAUGAAGAAUGCUUUGCAGCAACCAGAAGGAAUUGACAAGCCGAAAGCCUUAUCACUGUUAUUACAUACAGCAGAUAUCAGUCAUCCAGCCAAGGCCUGGGAUCUCCAUCAUCGGUGGACCAUGUCUCUGCUAGARGAGUUCUUCAGACAGGGUGACAAAGAAGCAGAACUAGGGCUGCCCUUCUCUCCUCUGUGUGAUCGCAAAUCUACUCUGGUUGCUCAGUCCCAAAUAGGUUUCAUUGAUUUUAUUGUGGAACCCACCUUUACUGUGCUGACUGACAUGACAGAGAAAAUCGUGACUCCGCUAAUUGAUGAAGCCUCCCAUUCUGGCAUGUCUGGAUUUCGGCGUUCCAGUCUGAAUAGCAUUAGCCCCUCUGAAGUUAAAAAAUCAAGUGUCAAGAGCACUGUGUCCGAAGGAAGUGCCUCACUCAACUGCUCCAUACUCACUGAGGACUUCAAAUGUUUUAAAGCCACCUGGACUGAGGUGGUACAGGAGAACAGAGAGAAAUGGAAAGCACAAGCCACCAAAGAAGAAAAAGCUAAGAAGGAAGCAGAAGAAAAUGCUAGUCAGGCAACUGAUGAAAAGGAAAGAGAUGAACAGUAUGGGAAGCCAGGUGAAGAUGUCACUGAAGCGAAGACAGAAAAGAGCAAAGAACCAAAUCCUGGGGAAAGCAAAAAUACAGAUUCCAGUAAGAAUCCUGUAAAUGGCACUUGGCAAAGUGGUAUGGGCAAACAUGAAACCUAUCAAGGGAAAAACACACCUACGACAGAUAAGACAAUGGAUCUUCAUCACAUUGUUGGAGAAGAGAAACAGCAUGUCCAGAACAGUGAAUUAAAGGAAGACAGUAAAUUGGACAGAAAAGAUAAGUUUAGCGUGGGGGAUGAAUCAAAGAAAACAGAUGCCAUCAAACCUCAACUGCAUCACCUCAGGAGGCCUACUCACAACCCAGAAUACUAUUUCCGUGCCUUACACAAGAAAACGGAGGAACAUGCAGUGAGAGGUAAGGUAUUUGAUGAGAGAGGAAGAAUGAAGAAGAUUCAACGUAUUUCCCAGAGCUGGAAUAGGAAAUAGCAGAAGAGAUAAAGAGGCUUUUUCUGUAAUGGCACUACUCACAGGCAGACAGAAAACAUUAUGGAAUCAUCACACAGGCCACACUACAUUGACAGCAGCUGCAAUUCUAGUUAAAACCAAAUGUAUGAAUUAACUAAACAAUAUAAUAGACAUUUUGUUAGAAAUGUUUUCAAUAGCCUUAUUA